GAGCAGCACAGCGCUAUGAGCGACACCAGUUCAAUGAUUAUUUCAAUCAGCCCAAACCUCUGAUAGCGGUGUUCCCGAGCAAGUAGUGUGUAAUUUGUUCUGAUCAACAUCAAUCUAAAUAUACAGUUAAGCAGUAAAUGUAUAUUGUCCCGUUGUAACCCAUCCGUGUUGCAACAUUAUCGAGGUUGAAAGACACACACAGUUUAAGUCAUCUGCACCUUUGUGAGUGACUCUGGAAGCGCCUUCUCCUGUAUCUUCUCACAUGGCUACGAAUCCUCCAGGACAAGCCUUCCCAAACAAGGCUCGGGUGGCGAUCCUGGCUGAGCUGGAGAAAGAACGGAGGCGGCUGCUGCAGAAUCAGAACUUGAACAUUCCUGGAGCCAGUAUCUCACUGUCGAGGCCGAUUAUGAAGGAUUUCAGAGACAACGCAGAGCAGCAGCACAUCGCUGCUCAGCAGAAAGCUGCCUUGCAGCAUGCACACGCACAUUCUUCAGGUUUCUUCAUCACUCAGGACUCGUCAUUCGGGAACCUCAUCCUCCCCGUCCUGCCACGGCUAGAGCCCGAGCCGUGACCUUUGACCCCGCUCACCAGUGCACAAGAUAACCAUGUCUCUCCCAGUUUCCACUUUUCUGUUUUUGAUUAAUAAAUGACUGUCACAUUGUAAA